GUCUGUAUUAGUCUGUACUCUACACUCUGUACUAUUGUACUAUAGUUCUCAGUUUCUCACUUCUCACUAGUCACACUCACUUUGCAGUCGUCACUCCAGGAUUCAGACCAUCGACGAUAGAUAAGUACUAUUCGUCUGCUACGGUUGUUAUCGCUUAUUUGUUCAUCCCAACACUCGUUAUUAUCCAUUACACGCGGUCGGUCUCAACUACGCUUUGAAAUAUGGAGAUUGAAAUUGUAACUACAACGGACAAGAAUAUUGGAAAAAUUAAAGUUACAGAUGCUUCUCAGAUUAGUGAUAUUAAGAAAAGCAUUAGCAAAGUAAAGUCUGCUUUAUAUCCAGACAGACAAUCUAUCAGACUUGAAGCUAGAGGAAAAAGUUUAAAGGAUACUGACAAAGUUAAAGAUUUAGGAUUAAAAAAUGGAUCAAAACUUUAUGUUAAAGACUUAGGCCCUCAAAUUGGAUGGUCUACUGUAUUUAUGGCCGAAUAUGCCGGUCCCCUCUUUGUAUAUUUAUUAUUUUAUGCACGACCCAGUCUGUUUUAUGGGGCAACAGCUAAUCAAAAAAUGUCACAAGUGGCUGAAGUUGCUGCUUACUGUUGGUCAUUCCAUUAUACGAAGCGUGUGCUUGAAACACUGUUUGUACAUCGUUUCUCUCAUAACACAAUGCCAAUAAUGAAUCUGUUUAAAAACUGUACUUAUUACUGGGGUUUCACUGCUUUUGUUUCAUACUUUGUUAACCAUCCAUUGUAUACUCCACCGUGUACAAUUCAAUUUUACAUUGGUCUUGGUACUUUUAUCUUUUGUGAAUUAGGAAACUUAAGCAUUCACAUUGCACUGCGAAAUCUUCGUCCACCUGGUACUAAAGUCAGGCGUAUACCAGUUCCCACUACAAAUCCUUUUACACUUCUUUUUAACUUUGUUUCUUGCCCUAACUACACUUAUGAGGUUGGUAGUUGGAUUGGAUUUACCAUAAUGACAUCUUCAUUUUCAGCUGGAUUAUUUACUUUUGCUGGAUUUUACCAAAUGGCAGUAUGGGCUCUUGGCAAACACAGGAAUUACAAAAAAGAAUUCUCUGACUACCCGAAAUGUAGAAAGUCAAUCAUACCAUUUUUACUUUAAUUUGUACUAAAUGUUUUAAAUAAGUUUUUUUAUGACUGAAUUUGGUGGGUGUAUAUUUUUUUAUGGGUUUUUCGGUUUGUAUCUUGUGGAUAUUAUAUUAGUAUAUUAUGUUUACUUUUCAUUUAAAUACAAAUAACUGAUCAAAUUGUAUAUGAAUAUUUGUUAAUUUGUUGUAAUAAAUUUACAGCCACUUAUUUCAUAUAAUAAUAUAUAUUAAGUCAUAUUGUAUACUUAGAUGAAUAUUAUUUCUCUAUUACGUUUUUAAUAUUAUACUUAGUGGUAAGGUUUGCUUAUCGCCAGUGAAUCUGGUUGGACUCACAAAAUAUAAUUUAACUAUCAUUUAACUGAUCACCAGUAUGAGUUGUUUAGAUAGGGACAAAAAUAAAAUAUUUAGAAGUAUUAACUAAUAAGUUAUUAUAAAUUACAUUUUUAUAUGUGAAAAGUAUACAGGUGUAACAGAAAGACCUGACAAAAAAAAAAGAUGUUACCUAAACGUAUGAUAAAAAUUGUGAAAAUUAUUUGCUUAAUAAAUAAUUUAAGAAAUAUACUCAAAAAA